AUGCCUCGCAAUAAACAGGGCUCUGUCACAUUCGAGCAAGCGGACUCGAGGUCAAAUCUACGACUGCAGCAACCAAACGGGGACAACUUUUCACAUCUGCAAAGCAACACGAGUAAUGUAGCGGGCAUGGACCACGACGCAGACAAAUCUAAUCAUUCAACAAACGGGACACAACCAGGACAAGAGAAUGGACGACGAAUAACAAAAAAGUUUAUCGAUAUCAACUCCACUGAUGGCUCUACUCCAAUUAUUGAUACUGGCAGCGUUAAGUCAUACUUUCCGGACAAUUCUUGGCAAGAACCUCAAUCACCACUGGAAAAACAUUCGAGACAACGUCUUUCAUCAGCACCAAAGAAGACACCGCCGGUGUUUCCCAUGAGCAACAAAAAUCGGUCAGAUAGCAGUAUAAAGACACCACGAUAUAACCAGCAUAAACGUAGUUCAACAGCUUCUUCGACUUCGUCCAUCACAACCCCACCAUUAGUAUCCAGAUCUAGCGACAAUUUGCGCAUUUUACUAGAUAAAGACAGGAAAACACCGCCUGCCCUACUACGUGAUGAUGGCGGAGGAGGCUCAGGGUAUUUUAAUUUGGACAGGUCGAAGUGGAAAGGUAAUGUGGCACUGUCAAUAAUCACUUCCGCAGGAGGAAAAUCCGAUCGACUUAAACCGUCAAUUGUUGGUGAUAGCCCCGGUUUACUAAGUAGCCCGUGGUUUAGAGAUUUGAAGAGAGGUAAUAGCAAUGCCAAUAUUAGUGGCUCGAGUGCUAACAUUGAUACUUCCAGUGUCAACACCAGUACGCAAAGUUUGCAUGCCCACAAGAUGGAACAAUCGAAUAGGGAACAAAAGAACCGAUUGGUUGAUCAGUUUUUAAGUUCUUCUAAAAAGGUGCCUCCAUCGCCUGGUAGUGAAAUGAUGGGUAGUCGAUAUUUCAAUGAAGAUUUGUUACCUUCGUCCAUACUGAAUAGCCAUGUGAAUUUGAGUGCAUUGACACCAUUGAAGCCCCUAAGGGGAAAUGCACGAGGCGAUUGGAGGAGAGCACCUGAUGAUUUGAGCCAGGAGAAAGAGGUCAUGGAGCAAGUCAGCCGAGAGGAGCGUUUACAACGAUUGCUUGACCAUGAAGUGAACAUUGAUGAAAAAGCAAUGAGGUUGGAAAAACAGGAACGGAACUUGGAAUCUGAAGAGAAGAAAAUACAAGAAGAAGCUCCACAAGUGAGUUCUCAAAUGCUGCCAAAGCAAGAGCCCCGGCAGCAACCAGAAGGGCAACCACCCCCACCACUAUUACCUCCACAGAAGCAGUUUGAAUCAGUAUUGAAUAAUUUAAACGGUGCCAAUGGGAGUGCCAACAAUACCGCACUCUCGAAUGUAAGUGAGGAGUUGGUUAACAAUGUAUUGAGCAAUGGAGGGUUUCGAUUUGAGUAUGAUACAAAACACGUUAUUGAAGAUGAUAAGCUUGUCAACUACUUGAUCAAUAUUGACAAUGUUUUGGAAGAGUUGGAAAAACGGAAGCACCAUAUGAGCCAUCGACGGAAACAGAGGAGCUCCUCCACUGAUGAUGAGGAGUACGGAGAAUUGGUGAAAAUUUUAACCACAAUUUCCGAAAAGGUUGCAAUCAAGACAAAGGCGAUGAUUUAUGCCAAAGCCAACCCAGCAAAGGCAACCAUAUUGCAACUUGACCUAGUUUCGCGAUAUUUGACGACACUACACGACCUGAUGAAUCAGUUGCGGGAACAGUUGGUAAUGCAAUUGACCCAAACGCGUGAUAAAAAUAGUGAGGUGAUUAGUGACAAUUUAACAAAAUUGAAUAAUAUUGAUUCAGACUUGAAGAAGCUUGAAGAGACAACCAACCGUUACAAGGAUAAGAUAAUUCAACAAAAGCAGUUGAUGAAGACCGAGAUGAAUGGUAAAUUGACAUUAUUGGAGGAAAUUAAUAAACAGGUACAUAUACAUAAUCAAAAUAAGCGACAUACUCGCAUGAUUAGAUUGAAUGUGGUUUUUGCAGGAUUGAUCAUUUUAUUGGGAAUCUAUUUGGGGGUGAGGAGAUAA